AUGAAAAAGGGAACUAAAAAAAUUAGCUCAAAGAAAAAAGCAGAAAAAGAAAUACUGGUGAAGGAGCUAAAAAAGUUAAAUGGGAGCAUUGCUGAAGAGCAGAAAAAUGUAGAGGACCUAAAUUCAAAGUUUAAAAGUAUAGAAGGGAGUAUAUUUCUUGGGUAUCAUGAGAUAAAGAUACUAAAAUUAGACUUAAAAAAUAAAGAAAUUGAAUUAGAGGAAAAUAAGUCACACAAUCUUCUCUCUUCUAGAAAAAUUGAUAAUAUUAUAAAUAGAUAUGUGCUUAAAUGCUAUGAAACGUUUCUGAACAACUUAACAAAAAAUGAAAUAGAAUUACAUACCUAUGCCAGGAACUCCGAGGAAGAAAAGAAAAGGCAUCAGACAAACAAAGACUAUAAUAAAUUAGCAACAUUCACGAAUAUUCAGCACUUGAACAACUUGAAUUCUAUUGUUUUGUCGAAGAACCAAAUAUUAGAUGAAAUUAAUAGAAAGUUUACCAGAAGUCUAAAGAAAUUAAGGGAAAAUUAUACCCAAAAAAUUAGCCUGGAAAGGGAGAAAUUGGACAGAAAAAGACAAAAGAUUAUAUUUAAUUUGCAGAAGAAAAAAAACGAGACCAUCAAAAAUAUUCUUACAGAACAUAACGAAAAGGUCCUAAACAUACAGAGCUACUUUACAGUAAUAUUAGAUGACCAACUGGAGAUAAUUCAAAAAUUAGAAGAUGAAAAGCUUAACAAGAAGAAAAUUUUUUUGUCUAAGAGAAAAAAUUUAGAAGAGCUAAAAAAGAGCAUAGAAGUUCAUAGAAAAAAAUUAGAAAUGCUCAACAAGGAUGUAAUGCUACUAGAAAAGAACACUACUGAUUAUGAAAAACUAAAAAAUGAUUUGAAAAGAAUAAAAGAAAAAAGAAAGAAGCAACAAAAAGUUCUAACAGAAUUAAAAUUAGAAGCAGAUAUAAAAAAAAUGCUCUUGUCAAAAAUUUCAGCGGAAUAUGAAAAUGUUUACAAUCAAAAUGCAAUGAGGUUGUACGAGCACCUGCAGGGGUUGUUAUUAGAGAAUUACUUUUUAGAGACGAAGAUAAAAUUAAAAAAUGAAACCCUUGAAAUUAACAACUUAGAGCUAAGCAAGUGGAAGGAGUCUGUAGAUCCUGAGCAAAACGAAAUACUGAAUAAUGCCUUGCGCCUCAAAUUUCAAAAAUUUGAAAUAUUGAAAAAGGAAAUUGAAGACUUAAUGGAUACGAAUGAAAAGAAUAGAGAAAAUUACGAAGCUAUAAUGCACCUUAACUAUUAUUCAAAUGAAGACUUAGAUGUUUUAAAAAGAGAAAAUGCGUCCUAA